AUGACAAACUGGGCAAAAUAUGAAAAGAAAUUCAAUGACAGUUGGCUGAAGGAUCCACUGUUCAUUAAGUGGCUAUGUAAAGCCGAUAAUCCAAAUAAAGCUUAUUGCAAACUGUGCAAAAGUGAACUAAGAGCUCAUAGAGCUGAUUUAGUUAGACAUCGAGAUUCUGCGAACCACAUAACAAACGCAACUGCAACGGCUGCUCAUCCUACGAUAGAGUUUUUCCAAAAAACAAAAUGUACUGCUUUACUAACAAGAGUGAUUGAGCCAUCUCUAUUUCAGCAACAAAUUAAAGACAUCGGCGAUGGGCAAUUUUCUUUAAUAUUAGAUGAGUCAACAGAUGUUUCUUGUCAAAAACAUUUAUGCAUUUGUAUCAGGUAUUUUAAUAUACGAAAAAAACGCAUCGUAUCGCAGUAUUUGGAAUUAAUUCCUGUAGUUGAAACAUCUGCAAAUGAUUUAUAUGAAGUUUUAAAUAAAUAUUUCAUAAAAAUAAAUUUGAAUCUCUCAAAUUGUUUUGCAAUCGCAACUGAUGGCGGAUCAAAUUUAUGUGGUGUUAGACAUUCGUUAUUCACAUUAAUGAAAGAGAAGAACGAAAAAUUAAUACUGUUCAAGUGCAUUUGUCAUUCAAUCCAUCUGGUAUGUUCUCAUGCUUCAGAAGAACUUCCUUCAAAUAUCGAUUACAUGCUACGUGAAACAUUUAAUUGGUUCAAAAGAUCGGCAUUACAAAGAAAGAAAUAUUUAGACAUUUAUAAUACAAUAAACGACGGAGGUGACCCCUUACAGCUGGUGCAACUUUCUGGAACGAGGUGGUUAGCUAGAGGUCAAGCUGUAGCUCGAAUUUAA